AUGGAUAUAGAUCCACAAGCGUCGAGCGUCUCGGCGGAUACCCAGCUACGCCCCAAAUCCCCGGACGUACGAGUCCUCUCGAAAGAGGAAAGGAUCCAACUAUUAGUCCGAGAGCACGUAGCCCUCUGGAAGAAAUUCCUAGUGGAUCAACCCUUAGGCGCUUCGGAGGGCAACAGAGCACUCCUAACUCAAGCUCAAGACAGUCAACGCGCUCUCCAGAAAUUAAUACCUCGAGCGGAGGUCGAAGAGUACGUCAAGGGCUGGAACCCUUGGACCGAGAAGAAAAACCUCUUCCCAGUUCUUCAACAGGAAAGAAACGGGAAGAACCGGAGCUCCUCCUCCCGAUCCAAUUCCUACAAAGCGCCCAAGAUGAACGACCCGCGUCGUUGGAAAAGACUUAUGAAAGCCUGCCACACCCUCGAAUCGGGUUACAUGAACAUGGAGGAUUAG